CGUGGAUCCAAGUCGCGUUCUCGAAUUUUUUUUUCCUUCAUUAGGACAUUAGGAAAAAGUCUCUGUAUUUCCGCAGGCCUAACUCUUUAUCAUUGUAUACCUUUCUUCAACCUUCAACGGCAAAGACUUCAUUAAAACAGAAGAAUUUAGAUCGACACUUGGAUCAACCCAGCACCCGGAUACAAAAUGCACUGCUUUCGUCGAGCCGCCAUGCGGGCCGUUUCAGCCCAGACAGCUAGGACCGCAAUCGUUAGCAAGCGAGUCGUUCCCGUCCUUGCCGCUGUACCUGCUUCGAUAGCCAGGUCGACCGCACUGCCCAUUGCCCGAGCCUUUUCCGUGUCCCGGACCUUAGCCAAUGUCGAAGAGAACAGUGGCAGCUCUUUGCCACGCCAAGAGCAACCCAAUGGUAUUUUUGUUCGGAACUUGGUCUUCGACGCCACCAAUGAGCAUCUGGCCGAGGCUUUUUCUCAGUACGGCAAUGUUGUCGACGCAAAGGUGGCUCGGGAUGCUCGUGGGUUGAGCAAAGGGUUUGGAUUCAUUUACUUUGAGACCCCAGAGGCGGCCCAAAAGGCGUGUGAAGAGGCCAACAAUACCUUUUGGCACGGCCGACGGAUAAACGUCGCUCCUCGUAUCAAGGCGAGCAAACCAGGCAACAGGGAUGCUAUGAACCAAGAGGAGCGCACUCCUACUUCAAGUCUCUACAUUGGUAACAUCCCGUACGAGUCCACUGAUGCGGCGCUCAACAAUCUGUUCCAGGAUCUGGAGGGACUCAAGGACGUGAGGAUCGCUGUUGACCGCAGCACGGGAUGGCCUCGCGGGUUCGCACACGCAGACUUCAAGGAUGUCGAAUCCGCUACGAAGGCCGUGGAGAAGGUCAAGUUGAUGGAGCUGAUGGGAAGGACAUUGCGAGUGGACUAUUCAACCCCUCGUGUCCCCAGAAAUGAGAGGAUGCAAACCGCGUCGGGCUCUCGGGACUCUCGGGACUCUCGGGACUCUCGUGACUCUCGGGGCUCUGGAGACUUUUGAAACUCUCGGAAUUGAUGUUCAUUCUGGCGAUUCCUCAAUCGCGGGAUAAAUCAAAGAUACUUGCGCUCUGGCAGUAUCAUGAUUUUCUUCAAGAUUGAUGAGGAAACCGCGCGCCAAUAUCGCAUGCCCAAUAUUGUACAAAAAAGUGUUUUUAUUAGCCCUUAUAUGUAUCCAAUCAAUAUGUACAUUAGAACAUUUAGACUUGAAAACUCACCCUUGAUCUCUUUUUCCAAACAA